AUGAUAGCCUCUGAAAUAUCUGAAAUACCAUCUGCCAUCUUCGACAAUGGAUCAGGGUUAUGUAAAGUAGGCAUAUCAGGAGAGCAGAAUCCCCGAUUCAUCCAGGCUACAGUCUUAGGUUAUCCCCAAAGUAUCAACCCCAUGGCAAGAACAUGGAAGAAGGCAUAUUAUAUUGGGCAAGAAGCCCGAGAUAAAAGAAGUAUCCUCACAUUGAACCACCCAAUACAACAUGGGGUUGUCACCUCCUGGGAUGAUAUGGAAAAGAUCUGGGAACAUCUGUACAAAGAUGGUCUCAGAGAGACCCCCAAGCAGAGACCGGUGCUCCUAACAGAAGCGCCUCUGAAUCCCCCAGAGAACCGAACCAAGAUGGUAGAGAUUUUCUUUGAGACUUUCCAAGUGCCCGCCCUCUACGUGGCUCUCCAAGGUCUCAUGGCACUGUAUGCCACAGGGAAAAGCACAGGCGUUGUUUUGGAAUGUGGGGACGGUGUAACUGCCGUCAUCCCCAUCUACCAGGGCCGCUGCCUGUUCCAAAGCAUAGCCAGGUCUGAUUUUGCAGGGGGGGAUGUCACAAACUACCUGGCUGGGUUAUUCUUGGAGAAAGGUAUUUCCCUGAUGAACUCGGGCAGCAAGGACAUCAUAACUGAUAUCAAAGAAAGGCUAUGCUAUAUCAUACCUGAUCCCCAGGAGCGGAUGAAAGGGGGAAACACAGACUGUUCCAUAUAUAACUACAUCCUUCCUGAUGGCAAGUCCAUGCAAAUUGGGGAUGAGCUGUUCCAAGUUCCAGAGUGUCUCUUUCAGCCCUCGAAGGCCGGUUCCUCAGCUCCCGGAAUCCACACAUUAGUCACCGAAAGUGUAAUGAAAAGCAGCCACCAUUUCCAGAAAGACCUUCUGAGGAACCUGAUCCUGUCUGGGGGCUCCACCCUGUGCCCAGGGUUGAAGAGGAGACUCUGGAGGGAGAUACAGUCCCUCAUGAACGGAUCCCUACAGGUCAACAUCACGGCCCCCAGUGACCGCCUCCUUUCCGUGUGGAUUGGUGCUUCUGUCAUCACGAGCCUGUCAACUUUUCAGCAGAUGUGGAUGUCCAGCUCAGCCUACAAUGAGUUUGGCCCCUCUGCAAUGCAGAAUUGCUUCUGGUGA